CUAAAUUCAAAAUUUUCAAACAGCUGAGGAGCGCGUGGUGUGUGAGAGAGAGCGGAGACACUUUUACUCCCUCACCAGGAAAAUAAAGAAGCAAAACAAAGAGGAUUGUGCUUUAAUUUAAAUUUAUCGUAGUGUAUAUCAGGAUGGACCCAUUCACGGAGAAACUGUUAGAGCGCACACGUGCUCGUAGAGAAAAUCUUCAGAGGAAGAUGGCAGAGAGACCAACGGCGGCCAACCGUCCAAUGGCUAAAAGGACAAGGGAGCCACUUACAGACACAAACAGUGUCAUAAGUGAGCCGACCAUUGAAAAAGCACUUCCCUCUUCCAAGCCAUCCCCCUCAAAGCGUCGCUGUUCAGAUGAAAAUACUCUCCUUUCUGGAGAAGAAAACAAACAACCAAUUGCCCCGCAAAUGACAGCCUCUGAGCCUAUGACGGACAAGAAGCCACCCCUGGUUCCAAGCAGAGUUCGUCCCAUGCCUGUGGAGCAAGGGUCUGCUCGUUGUACACCAGAACCAGAAGUGCUGCCCACUCGACCUCCUCCAGACACUGAAAAGAUGAUGUGCCCUCCUCAAUCUCCAGCAAAAAGCACAGAUAGUGUAAUGAAGCACACUGCUCUAGAUGGAGCCAAAGAGGCACAGAAAGAUGCACCAACCCCAGGCCUCUCCAACGUGAGAUCUCGUCUACAGAGACUGGCUAAGCAAAGGCAUAACUGGGACUCUGAGGGGACCUCAGAAACAGUCCCAGAGAAUGUAGUUUUAUAUCCUCUGAAGUCUCACAAAGUGGAUCUCCCUACUGCUACCCCAACAAACUCUGAGAUCCCCUUUGGAAGAAAGGGUAGACUGGCAAACCUUGCUGCCACAAUCGGUUCCUGGGAAGAUGACCUUGGACACCCGCCCACUCGCCGGGACAAUGCACAAGCACAGCCUGGCACGGCCUGUGUGCACCCUCCUUUCAGUACAGUGACAAGUAACAGUACCAAGCCAAGUCCUGCUGUGGAACGACCUCAGACUGCCCAACCAGCUUCACACAAGUCUGUUGACAGUGGUCAGCAGCCAACAGUUUACUCUCCAGUCAAGUCAACCAGAGUGGUUCCACCUAGUCCUCAGAAGACAGAGUUUCCUCAGCCCAGACUGGCUCAAGCAGGUCCCUCUCCUGUUUCCAGCCCACUAAAGAUUUAUCCCUCCACUCAGCCCUCCAGUCCACUUAAAUCUUUGACAGCAUCUCCCUCCAGUCCACACAGAGGUUGCGUCUCUCAGAGCACCCUGAAGAACCAGGGCCCAUCUAAAUUGAAUUCUGGAGCAGCACUUAAUUCAAGCCCUGCAAAACCAAUUUUGACACCUAAACCCUCUUCUACUGCUGAUGUUUCCGUCAUACAUCAGACUCGUGAGAGGUUUACCAAGGACACGACACCCUUACAGCACAGAGGCCCAGCUGGAACUACUGUAGGUGUCAAAUCAUUUUUGGAGCGUUUUGGAGAAAGGUGCCAGGAGCGCAACCAGAAUUCUCCCUCCGCAUUAGGAGGUCAAGGACACACACCUGUGGCUACUCCCUCUGCCACCCCCAAGUCCAGGCUGCUCCAGGAGAGGCUGGGGUGCACCCAGACCACCUCCACUACAGCUGUCCUCACUCAGAAGCAGAAAAUGGAGCGAGAGGCAGAGCUAGCACAAAUUCGUAAUCGAUUUCAAAAAGGCAACAAGUUGAGGAGCAAAGAGGAUCUCAGUGAGGUCAAGAAUGACCCUGAAAACAAGGAAAUUGAACUGUCUGUACAGAGUCAGACUUCUGAGCCAGUGCCUGAUAAUGAGCCUUCUGUGCCAGUGCCUGAAGUUCUCAACAGUCCUUCUAAAUCUAGUGAAAAAGGUAAGGCGUGUGCUUUUCCCAGCCCUGCAAAGGAAGUGGAAUUUACAGAAAAGAUGCCUAUGGUGAAAGAGCAAGAGGAAAUGAAAGAAAUAGAUGAAGUGCGUGAGAUUGAGAUGAACGUGGAUGACUCUGUUAACUCUGAGAUGAUAAAUGAGCUGUUUGAUGGAGUCCUGGAUGAGAGCGACGAGCAAAGUGAUGAGGAGGAUGCAGAUGAAGAUGCUCUGAAUAUCUCCUCCAUGUCUCUCCUUGCUCCACUCGCAGAGACUGUAGCAGCUGUGGUCAAGAGCCCAGAAAGAAAGCCUAUGGUGAGCCCUAAGGAUACAUCGACUCCUGCCAGCUCAUUUAUUGAGAAGAGUUCCACCCCUGAGAGUGUAUCCAGACCCAGUAAGUUCCAAAGGACACGCAUGUUACGAGCUGGAUCAUCUGACGGCAUCGAUGUCGUAGAUGAGCAGCAAAACCAGAACCUUCUCUACAGCAUUGAUGCCUACAGAUCCACAAGGAUUAAGACCGAGUCAGAGAGACCUCAUGUUAAACAGGUGAUAGUGAGGAAAGAGGAUGUGUCUCAGAGAAUGGAGACCAAUGGGAGCUCCAGUCACAUCAACAUCAAGCAGAAAAUGAAGAUGUUGACCAAUGAGAUGAACCUGCAGCAGACAGUGAUCCAUCAGGCUAGUCAGGCUCUCAACUGCUGCACAGAUGAAGAACAUGGGAAAGGAUCUCAAGUGGAGGCUGAGGCUGAGAGACUGCUGCUUAUUGCCACUGAAAGGAGGGCCGCUCUGAAGGCUGAACUGGACCGGCUAAAAGCAGAGGGUCCAACAGCCCAAAAGAAAAGCACGAGCAGUGCUCAGGUGGAUAUGGGUAUACCUGCUUCUAAAGGGUCCAUCUCACUGCUGGAGCUGCAACUCCCUCUGAAGGCUGACUUUAUCUGUUCUUCUGCCAACAAGCCUGAAUGUGGAAACCAUUACUUCUUUGUGAUGAUCCGUGCUGGAGCUGAGAACACAGUGGCGACGACUCUAGCAAGCACACGCACUGGUCUAAGUGGCGAUGCUUUGACCUUCUCCACCAGAUUCACUUUGUCUGAUGUCUCUAAUGACUUUGAGAUUGAUAUUGAGGUCUACUGUUUUGUUCAGAAAAGGGAGCUGAACCCUGACAAGAGGAAAAAGCUCAAGUCAAAGGCUAUCACACCAAAAAGGUUCCUUGCUAUCUCUAAGAGCAACCUCCAAACACCUGUUGUGGCUAGCCCCGGUGGUCCAAACGCAGUGCGCACCAGUAGCUUUGUACUUGUCGGAUCACACAAGCUAACUCUUGCCUCUAUUGGGAAAAACAAAUUCCCGUUGGAGAAGAUCAGAUAUGAAGGGGUUGAAAGAGAGCUGCUCAGUGACAUGUUUCACAAAAAGGUACCUUUCCUUUGUCCUUUGGAGGGGCACGUUUACCUGAAAAUGCAGUGCGAGGUUGGCUCACGGAUAGAGGAAAGAAGCUUCCUGACUAUGUUUGAGGAUGUCAGUGGAUUUGGAGCCUGGCACAGGAGGUGGUGUGUCCUUUCAGGAUACUGCAUCUCUUUUUGGACCUACCCUGAUGAUGAAAAACGAAAGAAUCCAAUUGGUCGCAUUAACCUUGCCAACUGUACCAGUCGUAAAGUGGAGCCGGCAAACAGAGAGUUCUGUGCCCGGCCCAAUACCUUUGAGCUCAUCACUGUGAGACCACAAAGGGAGGAUGACAGAGAGACCCUGGUCAGCCAGUGCAAGGACACACUGUGUGUUACAAAGAACUGGCUGAGUGCUGACACUAAGGAUGAGAGGAAUCUGUGGAUGCAGAAGCUCAACCAGGUCUUGAUAGACCUGCGCACAUGGCAGCCAGAUUCAUGCUACAAACCUAUGUAAGCCUGCUCUCAUCGGGCACCAAGGGCCAAAAGUAUCCUAGUCUGACUUUCACAUUGACUGCGUAUAGGUCUGAUUUGGAAGUGCAAUAUGGCAUCACGGUUACACAGUGUUUACAGAUACAUUUUACAAGUUAGUAAUUAUAAAUUUGAGAAAAGUUAAAAGCCAUAAAUUAAGAGACAUUUCAAUUAAAGGACAAAAUGCUUUGCCUUACAAGGGUAUUCAGGUAUGUUUUUGAUACUUUUGUCUGUGUAAUUUAGCAAGGAUUGCUUAAAGACUAAUGAAAGUUUGUUUGCUUUGUUAGACUGUCAAUUUGUUUAUGUAUAUUUAAAUGUCUUAUGCAUGACUGCUGCCUGCUGAGAUACCUGCUGUAGUCAGAUUUCUCAGAAUAUUUGUUGAGCAAGACAGGAGGCAGUGUCUGAAUCUUUAAAUGAACCACAGAUUUAAUGUCAGCACUUUGUGGUGACAAAUUUCAUUUUCAUAUUAAGUACUGCCAAAACCCAUGUUUGUAUAUUUGCUGUUAUAGGGAUGACUUACAUUUUUUGCUCAUCUGUCAGAGGAAUCAGAAAUGUAUUUGAAUAAGAUUUUUUGGGGUUUGUUUGGAUUAGAGUUAUGAAAAUGUAGAAAUUUAUAUUUAUAUAUCAGUUUCUUGAAGUACAAUGAAAGGGAAUGUUUUUUUUUUCUCCUUUUUGACAUUUAUGGGCAGUGUUGGUCCUAUCUGUGGUUAAAAAGCUGCGGACAAUUUAAAACGCAAUUAGAUCCUUCCCUGUCACCAAAGCUCUUUAUGAUGAGGGAUAUGUGCCUUCAAAAGAAUACAAAUGUUAUUAAUAUUCCCCAUAGAAAUUUCCCUUUUUCAUUGAAAAG